AUGCCUGACAUUCAGGAGAUUGUGAAUGAGUUUGUAGCCAAGCUCAACAAACGGUCUAACACAUGCCAAACUGAUGGAAGUGCAGAGCUUGCUAUUGGGAAUAUUGUGAGACGUGUUCUGUAUAUUAUUAGGGAGGAGGAACUUUCUCUGUUGACAAGUGAUACUGAAGAGUUAAAUUUCCCAGCUGUAAGUGGUGUUGACGAGAUCAUUGACCAAGAUUAUAAUUCAGUUACAUCAGCUGCUGCAAUUGCUUCUAGAAACUUUUUACGUUCUCCUUCACUGCGUACCCUAUUGGAGAAAAUGCCAAAUUCAGCAGCAGCUUGCCAGACCUCUUCUGGUGGAGAUUCUGGGGAAAAAUGCAAAUUUGAUAAACAUGCAAGGAGCCGAAAUUUGAAGCAUAAUGUGAUUGAGGCUGUCAAUAUGCCAAUUGAUGAUAUUGAUACUUUCCAUGAGUAA